AUGCUGUCCGACUCCCCGGGCCAGACCCCGCCGGCCCCGUUCCCCAACCCGCCGCCGCCCGCGCCGCCGCCGCCGCAGUUCCCGCAGUUCCACGUCAAGUCGAGCCUGCAGAUCAAGAAGAACGCCAUCGUGGACGACUACAAGGUCACCACGCAGGUGCUGGGGCUGGGCAUCAACGGCAAAGUGCUGCAGAUCUUCCACAAGAGGACGCAGGAGAAGUUCGCCCUCAAAAUGCUGCAGGAUUGCCCCAAGGCCCGCCGUGAAGUGGAGCUGCACUGGCGGGCUUCCCAGUGUCCACACAUUGUGAGGAUCGUGGAUGUCUAUGAGAAUCUGUAUGCAGGCAGAAAGUGCCUUCUGAUUGUCAUGGAAUGUUUGGAUGGUGGAGAACUCUUUAGUCGGAUCCAGGAUCGAGGAGACCAAGCAUUCACAGAAAGAGAAGCAUCAGAAAUCAUGAAAAGUAUUGGAGAGGCCAUUCAGUACUUGCACUCUAUCAAUAUUGCUCACCGGGAUGUCAAGCCUGAAAAUCUCUUAUAUACAUCCAAAAGGCCCAAUGCAAUUUUGAAACUCACUGACUUUGGCUUUGCCAAGGAAACCACCAGCCAUAAUUCUUUGACCACUCCUUGUUAUACGCCAUACUAUGUAGCUCCAGAAGUGCUCGGCCCAGAGAAGUAUGAUAAGUCCUGUGAUAUGUGGUCUUUGGGUGUCAUCAUGUAUAUUCUGCUAUGUGGGUAUCCCCCUUUCUAUUCCAACCAUGGCCUUGCCAUCUCUCCGGGCAUGAAGAGUCGCAUUCGAAUGGGCCAAUAUGAGUUUCCCAAUCCAGAAUGGUCAGAGGUAUCAGAAGAAGUGAAGAUGCUCAUCCGGAACCUGCUGAAAACAGAACCCACUCAGAGAAUGACCAUCACAGAAUUUAUGAAUCACCCCUGGAUCAUGCAAUCAACGAAGGUUCCUCAAACCCCGUUGCACACCAGCCGAGUCCUGAAGGAGGACAAGGAGCGAUGGGAGGAUGUCAAGGAGGAGAUGACCAGUGCCUUGGCCACGAUGCGAGUUGACUACGAGCAGAUUAAGAUUAAAAAGAUUGAAGAUGCAUCGAACCCUCUGCUUCUGAAAAGGCGGAAGAAAGCUCGUGCCCUUGAGGCAGCAACCCUCGCUCACUGAGCCACCAAACCCAUCCUACCCUAUUGGGGACAAGCAAUAACUCUCAACCUGAAUCUAUUUUUUAAAUGAAGAGAUACAGAACUGUCUACACUUCCACCUUCUCUCUUCCUCAGCUGCAAAGAACUUGAGACCCCUCAAAGGCUGAAUUUCGUCUUUGUUUAUGACCACCCAGAUGGGAGGGGAAGGCGUGGAGAGAAGGGAGCAAGAUGCUCUUGAACCUGUGCUCACAUUGCAAUUUGAUUAGUAGUUUGAUUUAGAAUUUUUAUGAAACUUCUUUUAUUGUUCUUUUCCCACUCCUCCUGUUCUCCUCCAGGCCCUUUUCUCUUUGGGUACCUCAAGGGGUUUGGUAAAGUAUUUGUGGAAACUGUAGGGAGUGUCUCUUUGUUGUUCUGUUUGCCCUUCCCAUUUCUCCACGACAGCCCAGGUCCCCAUUAACAGAGACAUUCAUGGAGGUCAGAGCAAGGAGGACUAGUGCCAGCAAGCCUCUCACCUUGACUCUUGCAACCUUCAGUGUGCAGAGGAGGGGUUCAGGCUAGGGAAUAAGUGUGUGCAUGUGCAUCUGGACUGUACAUUUGAGUGCUUAGAGGUAAAAAUGAUUGCAGAGAGUGUCUCAGCACGGCUUAAGAACAGUUUCUCUUCUAAGGCCUACUGUGCCUUGGCUGAGCCUGCCAAACAAUCUUGGAAACCUUUUCAGAUUUUGAGCCAGGCCUCUAUGGCCUGUGUUUCUAUAUGUUUCUGGAGUUAGAGGGAUGAUUUAGAAUUAAUGUCAAAAUAGGAGUCUUGGACUCCACAAUCUAGGACCCCCCCUUUUCAGUCCGUGCUGGUCCUACGUCAUCUGAGGCACUGAUUCACCUACCAGAUGUCCUCCCUGCUUCCCCUUUCUGUAAUUAUUGGUUCAACCUUUUUUAGUAGCCUUACAGUUUUAGCUUUUUCUCAGCUCUUUUGAGUGCGCUAGCCAAUUUUUAAAUGAUUAAAGACUUGUAUUUUAUAUAUCUCUCCCAGGUUUGAGGCCGUUACCAUUUACCCCUGUGUACAGACAGGUCCACUUUUGUGGUCCUCCUGCUGAUGUUCAUUUGUGUGGCAUAAGUGGGUGGGGGAGUCUUUGUACCAAAGAUGCCCCAAUUCUUGCCUUUUAUUGACUUUACACCCAAUCCAAAGAGCACAGCUUUGUGUCUGGACCAGUGAGGAGAGUUGGAAGAAGUACCUUGCCCUGGAUAGUUGGGUGGAAGGCUUUUGUGCCUAGUUCCCUUUGGGGCAGGGUAGCAGUAAUAGUUCAGUUUGGGUCUCCUUUGAGAGGGAAUGGUGGUAGUGUGGCACCCUAUAAGUCUUCUCUAGGCAUGGAGGAGGAUUCCAAGUGCUGCAGCAACAUCUUUCCGUCAUGUUGGUGUGCCCAGAACUCUCACUGUUGUAAACUAUUGUUUUGUAUGAACAAAAUUGUCUUUACUAAACAGAUUUAAUAGUCAAA